UCAAAAUGAUUGGAAUAUAGUCAUGACGAGAUUUAUUUUCACCAAUAGCGACAGCCGUCCACUGUGAUAAUUCAAUUUAUGUCUUUGGCUGGGACUGGGCUGAUGGAAGUUUUCAUGGUCGCCUGGCCAGCUGAUCAUCUGUUGGAUUUGAGCGAAAAUUCUAUGCGAGGUAUAUACGAAUCACGAUGGUAUCUACAAUCAACGAGUAUGCAGAAAAAUAUGUUGAUUAUGAUGUUACCUCAGACACCAGUGCGCAUUAAAAUCCUGUACAUUAUCCCAACUUUGUCAAUGAAUUACUACUGCUCGUUCGUCUCAAACGUGAUAUCUCUAUUCACUGUUUUACGAGCUACGAUGCAAAAAGAUGAUAUAUAACAGUUGAAGGCAUAUG